CUGGAUGAACGGCGUCGCGUGCGCCAGGCCCUGGCGACCGACCGGCGUUGGCAGGACGACUUUAUCGCCCACAUCAUGCCAAUGUGUCUCAUGCAGAGGAACAACGCCCUUCAAUGCUUGCCAGGCACAGACGUCGUCUAUCCGGAACCAGAUUCGGGGUCAUAUGAGCUGCAGGAAGUUAAAUACAACCAGAACCUGGCCAAGGCUGCAGACUGUGUGAAGGGAAUCAGCCGACCUGCGGCACAGUUGCUUGCAUGCUGGAGUAAUGUGCUCUCAAGGCAGAACCAUGGAUUGUUGCUCUGGCACCACAAAGAGUUGGACAAUAUAUUGGACACACAAUCGCCUGUUAAAGAGAUAGAAAUUAAAAAGAGAAAACGCUUAACUCCACAGUCCUUCUCAGUAAUGCGGUAAUCUAUAAUUAUGUACAAACACCAGGAGUAGCAGUCAGUGCAGGGCACUAAUAACAUCCUAUGAUCAGAGAAAUAACUCAAUACCAUUGCGUGGAAGUUUCUUGUCACUGAAUAAAACACUUAAUGAAAAUAUAAAUAAAACAUGCAUGCCCCCCAUAUGGGCUCUCCAUUGUAGUGACAGCCAUUGUGUGAAUAUGUUUUUUGUCACUGUGACCUUGACCUUUGACCUAGUGACCUGAAAAUCAAUAGGGGUCAUUUGCGAGUCAUGAUAAAUCUACCUAUCAAGUUUCAUGAUCCUAGGAAUAAGCGUUCUUCAGUUAUCAUCCGGAAACCAUUCUAAUAUUUCGGGUCACCGUGAACUUGACCUUUGACCUAGUGACCUCAAAAUCGAUAGGGGUCAUCUGCGAGUCAUGAUCAAUGUACCUAUGAAGUUUCAUGAUCCUAGGCAUAAGCGUUCUUGAGUUAUCAUCCGGAAACCAUUUUACUAUUUUGGGUCACCAUGACCUUGACCUUUGUCCUAGUGACCUCAAAAGUCAUAGGGGUCAUCUGCGAGUCAUGAUCAAUGUACCUAUGAAGUUUCAUGAUCGUAGCCAUUAGCGUUCUUGAGUUAUCAUCCGGAAACCAUUUUACUAUUUCAGGUCACCGUGACCUUGACCUUUGAUAUAAUGACCUGAAAAUCAAUAGGGGUCAACUGCGAGUCAUGAUCAAUCUACCUAUCAAGUUUCAUGAUCCUAGGCAUAAGCGUUUUUGAGUUAUCAUCCGGAAACCAUUUUACUAUUUCAGGUCACCUUGACCUUUGACCUAGUGACCUGACAAUCAAUAGGGGUCAUCUGCGAGUCAUGAUCAAUGUACCUAUGAAGUUUCAUGAUCCUAGGCCUAAGCGUUCUUGAGUUAUCAUCCGGAAACCAUUUUACUAUUUCGGGUCACCGUGACCUUGACCUUUGACCUAGUGAUCUUAAAAUCAAAAGGGGUCAUCUGCGAGUCAUGAUCAAUCUACCUAUCAAGUUUCAUGAUCCUAGGCAUAAGCGUUUUUGAGUUAUCAUCCGGAAACCAUUUUACUAUUUCAGGUCACCUUGACCUUUGACCUAGUGACCUGACAAUCAAUAGGGGUCAUCUGCGAGUCAUGAUCAAUGUACCUAUGAAGUUUCAUGAUCCUAGGCCCAAGCGUUCUUGAGUUAUCAUCCGGAAACCACCUGGUGGACGGACAGACAGACCGACCGACAGACGGACAUGUGCAAAGCAAUAUACCCCCUCUUCUUCGAAGAGGGGCAUAAAAAUCAAUUUCAUGUGUCUGUAAUUUAUAUAACCUGUACGUACUGGCUCUCAGAAGGGCAUGUUUUAGCGCAAUAAUGAACAAAAAAAGGAAGAUCUUAAAAAUAAGGUAUAGAUUUAUAUAAAUUUAAUGAAUACUGUUUAUUUAUCAUAUACAUGUAUUAGGAUCGAGAAUAUGAUUGAAUUAAAUGUGCUGCUUUUGUCCAUAUUAAAAAGGGAUUUAGAAGUAAUGUAAUAUAUAAAAAUCUAGUAAAUGAAAGGGAAAAAAUUUCAGCUUAAGGAGGGGAAAACUUUAAUAUUUUUGAAGUGGAAACCACCUGUAUUUGGCGGUUAAUCAGUUACCGGUAAUCAGAGGGGAGAAAAAUCACUCGUAUGAGCUUGAUAUUUUCAAUUGUUAAUUCCAGAU